AUGGCUGCAGCCACGGAUGGAGGGAGCUCUGCUGCAGCAAGUCCAGCCCCUCCAUAUAUUCAAGGCGCUGGAGCUACAGAGUCUCCACUAUCACCAUCAACCCAUCAACUCCCCACACGUUCAUCACCAACCUGUCCACGCCCUGCACGAAGGACGCCACCCUCAUCUUCAUCAUCAUCGGCGCGGGUUUCUCCGUAUCCAUUGCGGGUGCGCACACCUCCACAAACAGCUUCAACUCCACAAGCUUCCAGAGGCCACCGACCGCGUGUCUCCAUCGACGAUUUACCUGAUGAAGGUGAUCAGCACUUCUUGCGCUUGGUUGUGGAACCUAUUGUCAAGUCUACUGUUGGGCAGCGGGAUGCUACGGGCAGACAUCUCGAGAUUUUUGCUGCAAGUGGUGCAUCGUUCGCUGACAUAAUGCACAAGCUAUGGGAGAAGUUUAGUGGUAACAUCAAGGGGCAGGCUGUGAAGACAGAUGACACUUGGUCACUUGAGACGCCAACGGAAGCUUCAUGGAGCAGUGUCAUGCAGCUCAAAUCCAACGGCCGAAUCGCUUCAGCAACGAAGACGCCAGAGCUUUGGAAUAAGUGGAUCGUUGAUCAGAAAAACAAUCCGGUGACACUGUCGAUCUACGAAUACGGUCAGGCGGUCUCCAACGCACGUCUUUUAGAGGAGUUUUUGCAGGCUUGCAUUCGACCACAGAAUACUGAUCGAUCCGGAGCUGCUGCAGAAAAUGUUAUGCGCGAUAUGAUAAUGCAGCUUCAAGAAAUCUGGGGAAAUACGUACCAAGCGAGCGCAGUAACUUGGAGAAUGUGGGCGAAUGACAUUAUGCGCAAUCUGGAUCGUUCGACCAGGGCAAGAGCUGUCUUCGACGCCCCACCAACCCGAUUGGAGCGCUAUCUAGGCCCGUCUGAUGGACUAGUUCACGAGCAUUUGACGCGUCUCACCAGAUCGACUCGUGUAGCACUUGACACUGUGAACUUUGCGCUUGCUGAUAACGCCGAGCUUACGAGAGACUGGGAAGCAUUUGGACGCCGACUAGAAUGCCACAAGCGGGCAUUAGAGGCGCGAAAAGAAACUCUUGAGGGAUAUCACGCUGAUGUUCAAAUGGGAGUAAAUCGUUGCUGCUUGACUCGCUAUAAUGCCGCUGAAACGACCGCUUCAUGAAUCCAAACAUAAACUCAAUGGGAUUGAAAAAUGGGCAGUAAGCUGGAAGAAAUAUAGGAAUGAUUCCAACGCUGCGUAAGAAGUGAAUGAUUUCGGGAUCUCGAUGAAUGGAUGCGCCGUCCAAAAAUCCAAACGGAGUUGGAGCCAGGAUACUGGCGUACGUGUCCACGCGCCGAGUACGCAAAGUCGCGGCAGCAUUGAAAGAACUGAACACGAUCAAAUGUGCCUUCCGUGUUGUAGUAAUCUAUGAUGCCGGUCACUCCCAAAAAUGCUAGUAUUGUGACUCGUGGUUUGCGCUGAAAAUCACCUCGAAUCGCAACUUUCUGACCUCUUAACGAAUAACCUCGCUUCCGAAUCAUUCCACGGUUAUCAAACGAUACUUCGUCAAGAAAGAUAAUGUUGCUGUGGAACCAGUUAAUAUGGCUGAG